AUGGUGUUGGUACUGUUCAUAUCUAUCUAUCUAUCUAUCUAUCUAUCUAUCUAUCUAUCUAUCUAUCUAUCUGUUGUCUGUUCAUAUCUAUCUAUCUCAGUGUGUUCAUAUCUAUCUAUGUAUCUAGCUUCUUUUUUUAUAUCUAUUUACCAUAUCUAUCGCAAUCUGUUCAUAUCUAUCUAUCUAUCUAUCUAUCUAUCUAUCUAUCUAUCUAUCAGUCUCCUCAUAUCUAUCUAUCUAACUUUCUAUCUAUCAACGUCUGCAUCUGUUUCAUCUGUUUCAUCUUUUUAUUUAUAUCAAUCUGUUCAUAUCUAUCUAUCUAUCUAUCUAUCUAUCUCAAUCUGUUCAUUAUCUAUCUAUCUAUCUAUCUAUCUAUCUAUCUAUCUAUCUAUCUAUCUAUCUAUCUAUCUAUCUCUAUCUAGCUAUAUAUCUAUCUCCUCUUCUUUCUUUUUAUCUAUCUAUCUAUCUAUCUAUCUAUCUAUCUAUCUAUCUAUCUAUCUAUCUAUCUAUCUAUCCCAUUCUGUUCAUAUCUAUCUAUGUCUCCUUCUUUCUUUCUUUCUUUCUUUCUUUGAUUUUCUAGUUUCCAAUUCAUUUUCCUUUCUUAUUCUUUAUUUCAUUCUUUCUUUCUUUUUCGAUUUUUCCAUUUCAUUUUCAUCUUUCUUUCUUUCAUUCCAUCUACGUCUGCUUCUUUCUUUCUUUCAUUCUUUUUCUAUCUAUCUAUCUAUCUAUCUAUCUAUCUAUCUCUCUAUCUAUCUCUCUAUCUCUCUACGUCGUCUUCUUUUUUUCAUUCUUUCUAUUUCUUUCUUUCAAUCUAUCUCCGUCUGCUUCUUUAUUUCUUUCAUUCUUUCUUUUUCUAUCUGUCUAUCUAUCUAUCUAUCUAUCUACGUUUUCUUCUUUCUUUCAUACUUUCUUUUUCUUUCUUUCUAUCUAUCUUUCUUUCACUCUAUGUCCGUCUGCUUCUUUCUUUCUUUCAUUUUUCUUUUUUUUUUUUUUUCUCUCUAUCUAUCUUUCUUUCAUUCUAUCUAUCUAUCUAUCUAUCUAUCUAUCUAUCUCCGUUCUUUCCAUGUGUGUAUGCUUUCUUUUUCCGCUUCUCGCAAACGUGAUGAGCCGGCCGCCAUUUUGACUCCCCAGCAAGACAUAUGUUAUGUGAAAGGCUCUGGUCAUAUCUAUCUAUCUCUCUAUCUAUCUAUCUAUCUAUCUAUCUAUCUAUCUAUCUAUCUAAAUCUGUUCACAUCUAUCUAUCUAUCUAUCUAUCUACCUAGGUCUCUUCCUAUCUAUCUAUCUUUUAAGUCUGCUUAUAUCUAUCUAUCUAUCUAUCUAUCUAUCUAUCUAUUUCAGUCUGUUCAUCUCUUUCUCUCUCUCGCACCAUUAUUACAUUACUUGGGGCGAAAAACUUAA